CCCAUUAAGACCACGGCCUCUUGAGUCCGCCCCCAUUCGUCACACCUCCGGUGUCCAGUCCAGAGGAAGAGACCGGCGAUGGAAGCCGGAGGCGGCGGGGAGGCGGAGGAGGAGCAGGUGAUGAGCGAGGUGCACCUGGGCUGCCCGCCCCGCUUCUCCGGACUCUACCUCUCCCGCUUCACCUUCUCCUCCCUCCCGCUAGAACACUGUGUAGGAGGCAGCAACGGUGAGCAGCAUAGUGGUGGGUGUGAGAUGGCUGCGGCGACGAGCAGUUCUUGUGAUUUGCCGGACGCUGUCGCAGUAGAUGACGAGGGGGAUCUCGUUCUCGACCGGAAAAGAAGAAGAAAGCGAGAUAGGAGGAGGAGCGACGAUCAUGUGCUCACCCUGCAGCACGGUAUCACCUCUUCGCUCCAGAGCGUCGGGCUUCAGGUUUGGAAGGCGGCGAUGCUGCUAACCGACUUUGUGCUGCAUAAAAGCUUCACGUCUUCUGAAUUUGAUGGUGUUACUGCCAUGGAGAUCGGUGCUGGAACAGGUUUGGUAGGGUUGGCGCAAGCUCGAGUUGCUAGUAAAGUUUUCCUUACAGAUAGAGGCACUGAUAUCCUCGAUAAUUGCUUGGCUAAUGUCCAUCUCAACUCUAGCACGCUAAAGUUUGAUGAAGCUAAAGUCCAUAUACGGGAACUGGACUGGAAAAUGUCGUGGCCUCCGCCUGUGGGUACACGUAAUGCGUCUGACCCCAGUUCAAUAUACUUAUGGGCUGCAAAUGAAAUCGAGGAGGCUGAGAAAGCCACCCUGCUACUUGCUGCAGAUGUUAUUUACAGUGACGGUCUCACCGAUUUGUUCUUCAACACAGUGAGGCAGUUGAUGUCGCGUGGUGUUAAGAAGAUUCUUCUUUGCAUGAUGCAGGUGCUGUACUUGACCCUGGAGAAGAGAUACAACUUCAGCCUGGAUGACCUAGAUGUGGUGGCCAACGGUUACAAACAUUUUCGAACCUUCUUUACGGUUCAAGAUGGAUGUGGAGGCGUGAAUAAUGCUGCGUCCAAACCAGGUCUUGUGGGGGAGCGCAUAGACCUUGAGAAGGUUCCUCAGUACAUCAGAGAGUAUGACAGAGGCGAGGAUCUGGAGAUGUGGAAGCUCAUGUAUUGCUGUCCAGAUUAAAAGACAGUAGCAUUGUUGGUUUAAUUUUUUCAUUUUCGAAGUGGGGCGUGUAGGCUGGGUUUGCAUCGAUUGAUCGAUAGUGUUAACUGAAACACAUACACCAAAUAUUUCGUCCCCAUUAUUUACAUUUGUCGCAGAACUCCAAAACCCAAAAGGGGGAUGUGCAUGCAACUGAUAAUUUACAGUUAGCAGCAUAUAAGUGGACCAAUGGUACUACCAGAGGGUAAUGAACAUGGCUGGCAGUCACAUUGUUGCAAUCCUGGCAACUGCGUGCACGGCCGUCGGGGAGAGCAGGCCUCCGAAAUCAUGUCCGUCGAGAUCCUACACCGAGAGGUGGGCGAUAAGGUUGGAAGCGUCUCGGUGCGGCUGGUCGUUGAUGUUCAAGUUCUUCAUCGCUGGUUCAUCUACUUCCUCGAUAGAUACAGCGUCUCCGACUACACCAUGAGCGACAUCAACAACUUGAUGAUCUUGUCUCUAGAUGUCCUUUCCUCUCAUGUAGGCUGUAGUUGUUGUGAUUCUUCAAUUUCUUGAUCCUUAAUGAUCUUGAUCGUUAAUUAUGAUUGUUUAUAAAGCUGUUACAACCCUUUGUUUGCA